UCGGCUGCGAUCGGCACACUAGUACCCUGACAUUACGAGGAGCCACGACACGCGGAGGCGCCUGCUGCACAAACCGAACCCAAAAGGACUCGCACAGGAUUCGCAUGGAUUUUUAAUUUCUUUUCGAGUGUGUGUGUGUGUGUGCGCGUGACUGUGAUUAAAGUUUUUAGGCAAAGGACAACCAAGGACAAAGCUACACAAGAACCCCUUUGAGACUUUCGGAAUAUAUUCGUGCAAUCAGCGAUGGCUCUUAGAUGGGCUCUCCUGUUGGCGAUGCUGACGCUGGCGCGGAGUGCCAAGUUGGACAACAAAUAUCUGCCGCCGCCAGCGAGUGCGGCCAGCGCGGGUGGCAGUCCGGGCGCCGGGCUGCAGGGACCUGGCAGUGGCUUUGGCAGGGGUGGCGGUGCCGCUGGUGGCGGCGGCAACAAUGGCUUGGGUGGCAUCAACAACGGGCUGGGCGGCUUCUCGGGCGCUGGAGGCCCAAGUCGACCCAUUGGACCGGCACCCGCUCAACGGCCCAGUGCUCCAGCGGGUGGCUCCCCGCCGGCGGGUCCGCCCAUUCCGAUUUUGUCGUUUGUGAACGAAAACGACGGCGACGGCAACUACCGCUUCAGCUAUGAGACGGGCAACGGCAUCAAGGCGCAGGAGGAGGGCACCGUGAAGAACAAGGGAUCCGACAGCGAGAUCCCCUCCGUCAUGGGCUCCUACUCGUACACCAAUCCCGAGGGCGAGCUGGUCGAGAUCUCCUACACGGCCGAUGAGAACGGGUUCGUGCCCUCCGGAGCAGCCCUGCCCACGCCACCGCCCGUGCCGGAGGCCAUUGCCAAGGCGCUGGCUGCUCAGGGCAUUAAUAUACUUCCGGGUGGUGGCUUCAGUGGAGGAGCUGGUGGCGCAGGCGGAACAGGCUAUGGAGGAGGAUCUGGAGGAGGCGGUGGCCAAGGAGGUGGCGGCGGAGCAGGCUAUGGCGGUGGAGGCGGUCGCGGUGGUGCACCUGGAGGUGGUGGCCAGGGAGGAUAUGGAGGUGGGCCAGGCGGUCCUGGAGGAGGAGGUGGUGCCCCUGGAGGCGGUGGCCAGGGAGGAUUUGGUGGCGGCGCUGGAGGUGGCGGUGGACAAGGAGGCGGCGGAGGCUCGGGCUAUGGCGGUGGAGCCGGUCGUGGCGGUGCACCAGGAGCCGGUGGCCAGGGAGGAUAUGGCGGUGGCCCUGGCGGUCCUGGAGGAGGAGGUGGAGCUGGCCGCGGUGGUGCUCCUGGAGGCGGUGGUCAAGGAGGAUUUGGUGGCGCCGCUGGAGGAGGCGGAGGCCAAGGAGGCGGCGGAGGAGCAGGCUAUGGCGGUGGAGCCGGUCGUGGUGGCGCUCCAGGAGGCGGUGGCCAAGGAGGAUUUGGAGGUGGACCUGGUGGCCCUGGAGGAGGCGGAGGCCAAGGAGGCGGCGGUGGUGCAGGCUAUGGCGGUGGAGCUGGACGCGGUGGUGCACCGGGCGCCGGUGGUGCCCCAGGAGGCGGUGGCCAGGGAGGUUAUGGCGGUGGACCUGGCGCCCCAGGAGGAGCCGGUGGCAAAGGAGGCGGAGGCGGAGCAGGUUAUGGCGGUGGAGCCGGUCGUGGUGGUGCCCCAGGAGGCGGUGGCCAGGGUGGAUUUGGAGGUGGUCCUGGCGCACCAGGCGGAGGCGGUGGCCAAGGAGGCGGCGGUGGGGCAGGCUAUGGAGGUGGUGCCGGUCGUGGUGGUGCCCCCGGAGGUGGCGGUGGACAAGGAGGCGGCGGUGGUGCAGGUUAUGGCGGAGGAGCCGGUCGCGGUGGAGCGGGUGGCCAGGGUGGAUUUGGAGGGGGUCCUGGCGCACCAGGCGGAGGCGGUGGACAAGGCGGUCGCGGGGGUGCCCCAGGAGGCGGUGGUCAAGGAGGAUUUGGUGGCGCCCCUGGUGGAGGCGGUGGCCAAGGAGGCGGCGGUGGUGCAGGACGCGGUGGUGCUCCAGGUGGCAGCUAUAUCCCGCCCCCACCCGGACUCCCUGGUGGUGGACGAGGCAGCGGGGACUUCAAUCCCCAGACUGGCUACAGCUAUUGAGCCCAACGGGCUCGCUUCCCUUCCAGCCAAAACCACAUCACUCCGAUCGAUGAAACCUCAGUGCAACGCAAUCCUUGAAUACUCGUGCCAC